AUGUCAGGGCCACCCAGACGUGUCGUGCCCCGAAAGCGUGCCUCUGAUGACGCCAAUAUCAAAGCUCCCAUAAAUCAAAUUCGUAAGAAUGAUCAAUAUACCCCUUUAGAGCGACAAGUACUUCAACUCAAGGCCGAAAAUCCAGGUAUGCUGUUACUUGUGGAAGUCGGCUACAAGAUGAAGUUUUUCGAGCAAGAUGCACGCAUUGCAAGUCAAGUACUGAAUAUUGCCUGCUAUACUGAGAAAAAUUUAGUGACAGCUAUGGUGCCAGUGACACGUGUUUACUUUCACAUCAAACGCCUUAUCGCUCAGGGAUACAAAGUUGGCAUAUCACGGCAGACCGAGACUCGCGCGCUCAAGGCAGCAUCAGGAGCUAUGCAUAAGCCAUUCGAUCGAAAAGUUACGGCAGUAUAUACAUCAAGCACAUGGAUCGAUGAUACGUCUGGCCCUGAUCAGAGCUCUGAGCAAAUUAUUUGCGCCAUUACAGAGCCUCGUCCUGGCUCAUUAGCGCUUGUCGCCGUUGACAUGCCGACAUCCACCAUUACAUAUGACAAUUGGGAAGACGGAUUAACGCGUGAUGCAUUGAGAACCCGUCUUGCUCAUCUGGCGCCCCGUGAGCUUGUUUUUUCACCUGCCUCGAUCAACGAAGUGACACGACACCAUAUACAGCUCUACCAAAUGGAAACUGCGUUUCUUGUGCGUCUAGAGUCUUGCGAUAAAGUAUGUCCACUUGACGCACUCCUUCAAGGUGAUACCUUGGCAUGGACUCUAUCAGAGCUUUCUUAUAGUGUCCAAGACGCACUAGCCGUAUUGUGCACACAUCUCAAAACGUACAACAUGACAUCUGCAUUCCAACACGUCGACAAUUAUGCCUCGUUUACAUCGCGCUCUUGUAUGUUACUCAGCAGUGCAACAAUGGAGCAUCUUGAACUCUUACAGAAUGCAACGGAUCAUCAAGUGCAUGGUAGUCUACUGUGGCUUUUAGACGAAUGCAUCACCCCCAUGGGACGUCGUCUUCUUCGCGAAUGGAUUCGACAUCCACUCAUUGAUGCUAAGACAAUUCAGGCACGCGCAGACGCUAUAAGUCUGCUCCGUGAAUUUAAAUCUCGUGUUUUGCACCGCGCCAUCGCACUCCUUACCAACCUUCCUGACCUCAUGCGAGGCUUGACACGAAUUAUGCAUCUUUUGGUUGAACCAUCUGAACUUGCGACAAUAUUACUUGCCCUGCACCGCGUUACACUGGAAUUUGAUGCAUCUGAUUCUACUGGCAACUCAUUGCUAGACUCUACGAUCUGGGAUCUCAGCGCAGCACGGGCUGAGGUUCGUUCGGCUGUCGAAGCACUCUCUAUUCCACACGCACGACGCUGUGAAAAAGACAAGCUUUACACGGAUCCAUCUCGAUAUCCAACGAUACAAGAAUGGCAUUCCGUGCUCGAUCAGGACGAAAAGGCGUUCGAGGAACAUUUACUCGAGGUACGCCGCAUCCUCAAACGACCUUCUUUGAUCUAUGCUCGUGUGUCUGACAUUGAUCAUCUUAUUGAAGUACGCACCGGUGAUGUGUCACACGUACCCUCUGAAUGGAUUCGUAUAAGCGGAACGAAGAAGUCUGUGCGUUUCCAUACGCCAGAGAUCGUGCGGUUGCAAAAGCGACGUGACCAACAUCGUGAGAUGCUCGCAUCCGCUGCGAAGGAUGCAUUUCGCGACUUUGUCUCGAAAUUGACGCUGGCUUAUGUCCCGCUCCGCCGCGUCGUUCAGGCACUCGCGACCCUCGAUGCGCUCGCCAGUCUUGCUCGCGUAGCCUCAAGACCAGGCUUUGUACGCCCUCAUGUGCAGCAACAUGGCCACAUGUUACGACUCGUGCAAUUUCGACACCCUGUGACGGAGGCGUGUACCGGCUCUUAUGUACCCAAUGAUAUAUCCCUGGGAGGGGAUCACGAUCCUCGCGGCAUGAUAUUUACGGGAUCCAAUAUGGGUGGGAAGUCUAGCACGAUGCGCGCGGUUGCGCUUGUGGUACUUCUUGCUCAAUUAGGAUCUUACGUUCCAUGCAAAGAGGCCUAUAUCUCCUGUCGUGACAGUAUUUGUACGCGAAUGGGCGCUCGUGAUGAUAUUUUGUGCGGAAAAUCAACAUUUAUGGUCGAAGCGUGCGAAACUGCCCACAUUUGGCGAAGCUCGACGUCGCGCUCCCUUGUAUUACUGGAUGAAUUUGGACGGGGGACGUCGACUUUUGAUGGCACUGCACUUGCAUACGCGAUUUUGAGUGCCUUUGCCGAGCGUGGCGCGCUGAUGCCUUUACUCCUCUUCACCACACACUAUGUAUCACUGACACGUCUAGCAUACAUAUAUCCUCAGCUGCUAGUGAAUGUGCACAUGAGGGUGGAAGCUGAAUGCCUCGAUGGCGAGGAAAAGAUUGUGUUCCUUCACAGGCUUGUAAACGGAGCUGCAUCCAAAUCAUUUGGCAUCCACAUCGCAGCUAUGGCAGGUAUUCCUAAAUUCAUUACACAACGUGCUCACGAAAAAUCGUUGGCCCUUGAAGAUACCCAUAAAUCUGCUGAACGUACCGCUACGUAUGCUGACAUUGUCAAAGCCAUAUAUCGGCAAGAUACCUCCAAAUUUUUAGAAGCUGUACAAUCAUUUCCCAUAAUCUAA